AAUCUAGUACAUUUUCUAGUUCAAUUUUUACAUUCAGCUUUUAAAUUGUGGCAACACUGCGGACAAACCGAAUGGAUGCUGUAGUCUGGAACAAGAUUCCGGAAAGAACGGAAAAUCAGUUGUAUGAGAACCGGCGUGGAAAUAUGUUACAUCGGUAUUGGAUGCGUUAAAAAAUCGUAUUUUCAAAGAAAAUUUUAUGAUAAAUAACGAACGAAUGUGUGUUAUUAAACGAUGUGAACUUUUGUUUCUUCGUAGAUGAAAACUUCCGAAUAUGUAGAGUAAAAUGGCGAAACUUGGAAAUUUCCAAACAUGAGAACAUAUAAUUUGGGAUAAUAUGGGUGGAGGUUUCUAUAAUAACACUCCGAGCGAAGACAUCAUAAACGAUAAUACUGUACAAGUGGCGUUUUUUAUCGUUUAUACCACAAUUUUCGUGAUGGGUAUAUUUGGAAAUUUACUUGUUUGUUAUGUAGUUUUUCGUAACAAAGCGAUGCAAACCGUCACUAAUUUAUUUAUAACAAAUUUGGCUCUAUCGGAUAUCUUAUUGUGUAUGCUUGCUGUUCCUUUUACUCCUCUUUAUACCUUUCUGGGAGAAUGGGUAUUCGGCGGACUUAUAUGUCAUUUGGUGUCUUUCGCCCAAGGAAUAAGCGUCUACAUAUCCACGUUGACUCUAACUUCAAUUGCCAUCGAUAGAUAUUUUGUCAUAAUAUACCCUUUCCAUCCUAGAAUGAAACUAUUUACUUGUAUAGUAAUUAUAAUUAUUAUUUGGGUAUUUUCUAUAAUAGUUACUUUACCCUACGGUGUAUACGUCAAAUUAGUUCCGUCGGAGAGAAAUAAAGAAAAAUAUUUUUGUGACGAGAAUUGGCCAACGGAAGAUUGGAGAAGAGCUUUCGGAGGAAUAACUACGGCCAUGCAAUUUUUUAUACCAUUUUUAAUAAUGGCAUAUUGCUACAUAUGCGUGUCUAUGAAAUUGAACGAUCGAGCUAGAUCCAAGCCGGGAUGUAAAAAUUCUCGAAAAGAAGAAAUCGAUAGAGAAAGAAAAAAGAGAACGAACCGUAUGUUGAUUUCGAUGGUUGCCGUAUUUUUAAUAUCGUGGUUACCGUUAAAUACUUUUAAUAUUGUCAACGAUUUUUAUCAGCAAAUGGAGAAAUGGUAUUUUUAUUAUUUAGCUUUUUUCGUUGGACACGCUAUUGCCAUGUCGUCGACUUGUUACAAUCCCUUCCUUUACGCUUGGCUAAACGAAAAUUUCAGAAAAGAAUUUAAACAAGUCCUUCCUUGUUUUUACGGAGCAACUAGAAGAAUUCCAAUAUGUACAUUCGAAAAUUGGAAAUCUGAGAGAACUUGCAACGGCCACGAAAAUCAACAGGAUUCUUUGUUACCGUCUUCAGGAAUACAUCGAAAAUUAUCUUUGCGAGAUAGAAAAUCACCUCCUCCGCCGUUUAAAAUGGAUAGCGUAGAAAUGGAAAAUAUAAUGGUGCCAUCAGUCAGCACAGCGGAGUACGAUUCAACCGCAGAUAUCGUUAAACUAAAGCUCAUUAGCGAAGAAGAACCACCCCCAUACGAAGAUGAAAAACCCAUAGUAGAAACAUAACAUAAGGAAAUAUACGGCAACACUACUACUAAAGUUAGCGAUCGAGAGAAAUUCAAAGAGCUACUAAUAUAGUCAAUAUAAUAAUUAUCAAAUGUUUGUAUUAUAUGAAUAAAUGUAAUUAUUUGUUUA